AGUAGGUAUUUAGUUAGUUGGUACGAUAUAAUAAUAGUAUUAAUAGUUCACCCCAGGCCGAGUUGAUUCGUUUUUAGACUCGCAGUCGUGUCGUCUCGUGUUUGCAUUUUGCUUUGCGUCUAGCGAUUAGCGACGCAUUACGUUAGUCUACUCGAACACGCGUCGACGCUGCAGCUGUCAAAAUGAUCGCUUUCCACUUUGACAUUUCAAGUGAAGUGUUUUGAAGUUUGUACCAUACUGUACUUUGAACUCGCACAAAAUUCAAAUUUUAUUACGCUAAAACGAUAUACAUUGUGUAAUAUAAAUGAUUAUGCCGUUUGUUAACCGUAUUAAAAACCGUGAUAUAGAAAGCAAGUAAACAAAAUAAAUUCACGGCUUUUGGUGUACAAAAGAUACAAGCCAUAAAUAAUUAUGUUGAUGCUGUAAGUUUCGUGAGAGACUCAUUUCCUUAUCUACGGUUCAAUAUAACUGAUAAUACAGCUGUAGAUACUUUUGUGAUAUCAGUGAUUGUCGACUUGUAUGUCGUCAAGGUGUGAUUGAGUGAAAUACUAUUGUUGUGUCACAUUAAGGUUAUUUUUAAAUCAUGAUACUCAAAGGCAAAUUAUUGAAGGCGCUCAUUUUGGGCGCUCCAGCAUCAGGAAAAGGUACUAUUUCAUCUCGUAUUGUAAAAAAAUACAACAUUGCACAUGUGUCCAGUGGAGACAAAUUGAGAGAGCAUAUAGAGCAUCAGACAGACUUAGGGAAAGAAGUGAAAAAAUAUUUAAAUGAGGGAAAAUUAGUGCCUGAUGAUUUAAUAAUAAAGUUUAUGAUAACUGAACUGAAAAAAGUUGAGAAUAAACCAUGGCUAUUAGACGGUUUUCCCAGGACUGUUGCACAGGCAAAUGCUUUGUGGAAGACCCAACCCGUCGAUGUUGUACUCAACCUGGUGGUGCCCUUCGAGGUGAUCAUCGACCGGGUCAAAAACCGCUGGGUGCAUCUGCCUUCAGGAAGGGUCUAUAAUAUUGGGUUCAAUACUCCAAAGAAUCCUGGUAAAGAUGAUAUUACAAAUGAAGACUUAGUUCAACGUCCUGACGACAGGCCAGAAGCAGUGAGACAACGCCUCGAAAUAUAUGACGGUAUUACUCGCCCUGUUAUUGAUUUUUAUAAAGAAAAGGGAAUUCUCAAAGAAUUUGAAGGACGUACUUCUGAUGAAAUAUGGCCAAAGGUAGUGGCCUAUUUAGAUCCUAUAUUUAACAAAAAGUAGCUUUACAGGAAUAGUAGAUAGAUAGCUUUAAUAAUUGGUGCUAGAAUUUUUGGAAUGUUUUUAGUGUAUGUAAGUACAAGUGUACUACUCAUUGUAAAUAUUUAUAUUUAAAAGGAAGCCAGAUUUGCCUAAAUGAUGAUAAAAAAUUAGCUAAUAUUAUAUAAGUAGUUGACAUAAUGUAAUUAGUAAAGACUGCUCUAGUUUUCUUAGAUUGUGGAAGUAUAAUUAAAUCAUUGAAAAAUAUUAGUUUUUUACAACUUAU